ACGUGGCCCACUUUAUGAAGGCAGACUGUCAAAUCUGAAACUUCCUGGGGUGCGAUGCAGUACAUGCAAGACCAUGACAUUUACUUCAGCCAUGUAACUCGUCAAAGGAUCGCGCGUUUGUAAGGAGUCAAGCUACUUAAAGCGAUUAGCGUGGGCAGUUGUGUGUGUGUGUGUGUGUGUGUGUGGAGUAGAGUAGAGCGGGUUUGUUGUUUGAGGAGGAUGUGUGUGUGCUGACAGCGGCACGAGCGGCAAACCAGCAGCUCCUUAUAUCUGUGCAAGAGCACGGCAUGAAGAGAUCAGUAAGUUGGGAGUCUGGGGCUCUUUGACUGGUGGUGCUGUUGUUGGUGCUGGCUGCCAGGUCAUGAAGAUCCGCUGGUCGAGGAAGGUGGCUCUCCUGGCCAAGGUCUGCUUCCUCUUUUCUCUGCUGUGGCUCUUCUACCUUCUUAUAUUCCGUUCGUCCCCCCCGUCUCUUCCUGAUAAAGAUGGUCAACACGACAUCCUGGUCCGUGAUCUUCCAUCCAUCGAGGAGGAGGAGGAGGAGGACUCCGACAGCCUCCAGCAACCCGUUUAUGAGAAGCUCCCGCCAGACCUCAACGCUCCUGGAGAAUAUGGCCGAGCCACUCGACUGACCCUCAGCACUGAGGAGAAGAAAGAGGAGGAGGCCAGCAUUGAGCGUUACGCCAUCAACAUCUUCAUCAGCGACAAGAUCUCUCUUCAUCGCCAUAUUCAAGACAACAGGAUGCAUGAAUGCAAAGCUAAGAAAUACAGCAUCCGUCAUCUGCCUACAACGUCAGUGGUAAUAGCAUUUUACAACGAGGCCUGGUCCACUUUACUCAGAACCAUCCAUAGUGUGCUGGAGACAACACCAGCCAUCCUACUGAAGGAGGUCAUACUUGUGGAUGACUUCAGUGACAGAGGCUAUCUGAAGUCACAGCUGGCUCAGUAUGUCAGUAACCUGGAGCGCGUUCGUCUCAUUCGCACCAAAAAAAGAGAAGGUCUGGUACGGGCCCGGCUCAUUGGCGCCACCUACGCUACAGGACACGUUCUCACCUUCCUUGACUGCCACUGCGAGUGUGUGCCUGGCUGGAUCGAGCCACUUCUGCAAAGAAUUGCCGAGAAUGAGAGCACCAUCAUAUGUCCAGUGAUUGACACCAUUGACUGGAACACAUUUGAGUUCUACAUGCAGACAGAUGAGCCAAUGGUGGGCGGCUUUGACUGGAGGCUGACAUUCCAGUGGCAUGCUGUGCCUGAAAUCGAUCGCAAGAUACGCAAAUCCAGAAUUGACCCCAUUAGGUCUCCCACUAUGGCAGGAGGCCUAUUUGCCGUCAGCAAGGCCUACUUUGAGUAUCUGGGCACUUACGACAUGGGCAUGGAGGUCUGGGGAGGAGAGAAUCUGGAGCUUUCUUUCCGGGUGUGGCAGUGUGGAGGGUCUUUAGAAAUUCACCCAUGCUCCCACGUGGGUCACGUGUUCCCCAAGAAAGCUCCAUACUCCCGAUCCAACUUCCUUCAGAACACUGUCCGUGCUGCGGAGGUUUGGAUGGACUCUUACAAGAAGCACUUCUACAACCGAAACCCUCCAGCCCGCAAGGAAUCUUAUGGGGAUAUAUCUGAAAGGAUUGUGCUGCGAAAUCGGCUUCAGUGUAAGAGUUUUGAAUGGUACCUGCAGAACGUCUAUCCUGGCCUACAUGUGCCAGAGGACAGGCCUGGCUGGCACGGAGCGGUGCGUAGUGCCGGAGUCCACUCUGAAUGUCUGGACUAUAACGCCCCGGACCACAACCCCACAGGAGCUCACCUGUCCCUGUUUGGCUGCCAUGGUCAAGGUGGUAACCAGUACUUCGAGUACACAUCUCAAAAGGAGAUUCGGUUUAACUCUGUGACUGAGCUGUGUGCUGAGGUUCAGGAUGGAAUGACGCACAUAGGGAUGAAGCAUUGUCCGCGGGAUGGUGCUCCCAGACCUCCCGGCAUCAUCUGGGAGUUCAGAGAUGAUGGCAGCAUAUAUCACCCUCAUUCAAACAUGUGUAUCACCACCUACCGCACAGAAGACGGCCGUGCAGAUAUCCAGAUGAAAAGUUGCUCUCCUGGAGACAAACACCAGCGCUGGAGCUUUGAGUGACUUUAAACCCCAUGCGAACUUGGAUGUAAGUGCAAUUAUCAAAAAGAACGUCACUUCCGGCUUGGCAUUACAAAAAGGAGCGAAGAACAGGCAAAAAAAAUGUGACCCAUCCCUCCACAUAGUGCCUUUGCAAACCAAAGUGGACAUACUUGUAGUGCCAAUUCUUGCGUUUCCUUGUUAGAGACGUCCAGUGUGCUAUUAUAAGUACGAAGUGCAUAUUAAUAACACAUUGUAGCAAAUUCAACAAUCCAGCGUGUUGGAACAGCAUUUUUUUUGUUUACAUUGAUGCACUAUAUGCUUUUAGUGAAUCAUUUUUAGACUCAGCAGUAACUAAUCUUUAGAUCUACUGUACAGCGAUUUUAUUUAAUUGUACCAGAAGUGACUGAUUUGAGGAUGUUGUGAGUGGGUUUGCCUGAUUGUCAACUGUUGUUCUCCUUUUGUUAUUUUGAGGCUGGUUUUUGUAUUACUAGGGUAUUUAGGGUCUUUUCACCUGAUUUCGUGUAAGCUGCAUGGACUAUUUUGGCACACUGGUGAUGAUCGAACUGUACCAGCAUUUUAGGUCUCUCUCACACUAACAGCAGUGUUCAAGUAGUUUUUGGUAAUAAUGUAUGUACACUUCAAUUUGAAGUAGAUUACAGAAACUGUACUUCAGAGUUGGUAUAAAAUAUACAGCAAUUGUGGACCAAUUUUUUUAAAUCCUAAACCGUUUUAGUAGUUUUUCUCUACCACACGUUUGGGAAUUGUUUUCCUAGACUCACCAGAAAGUGCCUCUUCAGUCUGACUUUUUAAAAAGGUGCGUUUUCCUUCACAAAUCAGAGUAUUACAGUACUUUAUCAUGAUGUUGGCCAAAGUAAAAUUCAGAAAAUUGACUAAGUGCAUUUAUCACGGGUCUUCCAGCUUUCACAUAUUCAAAACUGAAUAAUGUAUCAAUGCGUUUGCUAAACAUCUUGAAAAUGCUAUAUCGUUAAUAACCAAACAUGGAUAACACCUUAUGUUUGCACUAAAAUGCAUUUAAAAUGGCAACAUUGAAAUUUUUCUAGGUCUCAUUCUUUGUAAUUGUCAGUGAAUUAAAUGGUUUAAAGGGAUUGUGGGAAAGUGCGAAUGAAAUUUGAAUUACUACUGAUAAAGCACAGUUUGUGGUGAUCAUGUAUUUUGCUGAUCGACUGUAAUGAAGUAUUUUUGAAACAUGGAAAAAAGUACAAAGUAUUUUUGUCUCAAUGAAUUAAAUUAAUGUUCUAAAUGUUACAUUGUUGGAGUGGUUGUUUAUCUUGAUAAUGUGACCUGUCCUUGAUUUUCUGUUGCUGUGCCAUCUAGUGGUGAGGAAGUAAGAUGUGAGAUUAGAAUCUAAACGGUUUUAUUUCCGUGUUAAAUGUGUUCAGUCAAGAUUUGAUUAGGUAAAGUUCCCCAUUUUACAUCUCCUUAAAAUAAGGUGUUCCCUGCACAGUUUUACAUUUGUGACCUGAGCCUAUUAUAUAAACCAGAUCACGAGGAACCACAUGAGGUUCUGCCAAGUCAGGCUCAAAUGUUUAAUGGCACACUUUCCAGGUGUGCCACGCAACUACAUAAAUAAAGCUGGAGGUCACUGAACAUUGUCAUGCUGCAUCCAUAAAUAAAGCUGUAUUUUCCCCUAUGGCUUGUGAUUGGAU